GAAGAGAAAAAUGUAGAGCUCAAUAAAAAUCAAUAAUUAAAAAAAGCCUGAACAGAUUCAGACCCUAAAAGACUCUGUGGUCAAAAAGAUUACCACCAUGGCCAAGGAAAGCUAUGAAUUAUUAUUGUUAUUAUUAUUUUGGUUUUUCGAGACAGGGUUUCUCCGUAGCUUUGGAGCCUGUCCUGGACCUCACUCUGUAGACGAGGCUGGCCUCGAACUCACAGAGAUCCACCUGUCUCUGCCUCCUGAGUGCCGGGAUUAAGGGUGUGGGCCACCACCGCCUGGUAUGUUAUGAAUUAUUUAAUAAAUGACCUUGAAUUUUUAGUCUAGGGGCGGGAAAAACUUAGAUCCAUAUCAUGCCAUUAAUAAAAGUAACUUGUAGACGAAGUAAAUAUAUUUAAAGAGAAAGCUGGUCAGUGUGAUACAGUUUUACAACAGCUGGGAGAAGAUGAAACUGGAAAGUCUCAAAGAAACAAGCAUGCUAAUGUAGAGUUAAAGCGGUUAUAAUUGUAUAAAGAAAAUUUCCAAGGGCCGCCGAAACGGCUCGGACAGUAAAGGUGCUUGCCACCAACGCUGAUGCCUCAAGUGUGAGCCUCAAGCUCCCACAACAGAGAAAAUCUGACAAAGCACAUGGGGUUGAGCAUCACUCAUGAUGCCUGUGAAGUCAACACUGAGAAUUAAAGUCCUGCAUCUGGAGCUAUUCUGCGCAGUUACAUACGGGACACUGCGAGGUGUGUGGUGUGGGGGACAAAACAAAAAGCCAGAGGCUCCAUGAGUAGGAAAAGUGCAUGGAGCCGCAACGAUCGCCGUGGCUACCGGCUGAGGAUAAAGCUCAGAGAAAAAGAAAAGCUUUCAGGAUGCCAAGUAGAAACUGCUAGUUUAAAUGCCGGUCUUUUCCGUUAUACACAUCAAGGGUGCUCAAAGAGCUCACAAUUUCUCCCCUCCGGUAAAACGCUUAAGCUCCUGGGUGACAAGUUCCUUGAGGCAUUGACUCCAGCAGAAACACAAGCCUCAAGCGUCCGUCUCCUAGAAACCGGGCUCACCCGCUUCCUACUUCCGCUUCCGUGUUCCCGUCAGCCCCAGGCUCCACUUCCGAUCUUGCGCACCAGGCGGCUGCCAUGGCGUCCUCCCGCUUGCCUCGCGGGGCGCUGACUCUGAAGCAGUUCAUGAGAAGGCAGCAAGUCCUCCUCCUCUACAGAAAGAUCUUCCGAGCGAUUAGGCAAGUUCCCAGCGAGGCUGACCGAAAGUACCUUCAGGACUGGGCCAGGGAAGAAUUCAAAAGGAACAAAAGCGCCACAGAAGAGGAUACCAUCCGAAUGAUGAUUACUCAAGGCAAUAUGCAACUAAAGGAAUUAGAAAGGACACUCGCUUUAGCAAAGUCUUAACCGGAAGGUUUUCAGAUCCCCAUCAUUUUGCACGGGCUCAAAGCCACUGUCACAAAGGACCUACGGUAGCACAGGACAAGAUGAUUAUGUCAAUCAAGCAUGCAAGUCAAGGCACUGACAUUUCCACUGCAGUGGCUGCAAUUCAAAAGUGAACUAGCGUGAAGAUGGGCACUUGGAACUGUACACUCGGGUGAAGGCAAAACAGCAGCAGCCACUCUGGGAAACAGACUGUUAGUUCUUGAAAAGGUAGCCAGGUAGCUAGAGGGCUUGGUGAGAUGGCGCCACUGAUAAGGCUCUUGCUGCCAGGAACUUGAGUUUGACCCCUGGACCUACAUGGUGGAAGGAGAGAACCACUUCAGAAAGUUGUCUAUCACAUGGUCUUUGCAGCACAGAAACAAAACAGAGAGAGAGAGAAAAAAAAUGUGAUUAAAAAUAAAUAAAAGGCGACACAGUUACCUCGUACAUUAGCAAGUCUAGGCUUGAAUCAAGAGAACCGAAACCACGCCUAUAAAAAGUGUAUACAGAAUUCAACAUUUUUUUUUUUUUUUUUUGGUUUUUGACGCAGGUUUUCUCUUUGUAGACCAGGCUGGCCUCAAACCCAGAGAUCCUCCUGCCUCUGCCUCUUGAGUGCUCAGAUUAAAGGUGUGCUAACCAGA